UACCGCUCGCACUAACAGCCGCUGGGAAUUGCAGUCUUCAGCAUUUUGCAGGCUUCUUAUAGCGUGGAAAUGGACUAAAGGAAUGGCUCUACGUCGGAAAGACUCUGUGCUGUGUGCCGAGGCCGCGCUGACCGUCUGAAGUGUAGCCCUGAGCCAUGGAGGAGAUGGACAGUAAACCGUACCAGCCGCUGUCCAAAGGGCGCCACGAGAUGGAGAUGUCCUACACCAGCUCAUCGGACGAGAGCGAAGAUGGACGCGCGCACCACCGCUCCUACACCUCCCGCGAAACCCUGCCCGACUACACGCACGAGCUACGCCUGACGCUAGGAUCACACCGCGAGAGGCAGAGCAACUACAGCCAACCCCAGCCAGACUUAGACUUUUGCAAGAGCGGCCCCAUGCGCAGCCCCGACUACCACCUGCACCAGCCUCAGCAGCAGCAGCGGGUGGAGGAGGAGGAGGCCCUGUGUUCCGCCCCCCCUGCUCAUGUGGGACACGGGGGAGGGGGCAGAAGUUACUCCCUGGGCGUUGGUUCGGAUGUGGACACAGAGCCAGAGGUGGACCCAUCUCCGGGACUGCAGCACAUGUGGAUGAGAGGCCUGAAGUCUGAACAAAGCUCCUGCCUCACCAGCCGCGCUAACUCUGCCCUCUCCCUCACCGACACUGAGCACGACCGCAAGAGCGAGCCCGACAAUGAAUUACCCAGCAGCCCCGGCGGCCAGUUCACAUUCCGCCCUCUCCCUCCUCCUCCCCCGCCACCCCACGCCUGCACCUGUGCACGCCCCGCACCCUACACCCAGGUCAGCCUGCAGAGGAAGACCAUGCCCUCCCGUUGUCAGAGCAACCAGACGGGACAGAGCGCAGACAACACCUCCAACUCGGACCAGGCUCAGCUCCACAACAGCUGGGUGCUCAACAGCAACAUCCCCCUAGAGACCAGACACUUCCUGUUCAAACAAGGCUCCGGUUCCUCGGCCCUCCUGUCUGGGGCGGGACAGGGUUACCCCCUCACCUCUGGGACGGUGUACUCCCCUCCUCCACGGCCCCUCCCCCGCAGCAGUGUUACACGUCCCCUCUUCACCUUUAACAAACCACACCGCUGUUGCAACUGGAAGUGCACCGCACUGUCUGCCUCUCUGCUCACCCUCACCCUGGCUCUGCUCCUCACAUACGUCAUUGCGGUGCACCUGUUGGGUCUGACCUGGCACCUGCGUCACGGGGAGAACCAUCUGUACGAGAACGGCCUGAGCUCCGCCGACCAUCAGCAGGACGAGCGCAACGGCAAGCUCCACCCCACAAGCUCCACCCACCUGCUUGACGCGCUCAACCCCGAGAGCACGCACACACAGGGGGACAGAGAAAAAUGGGUGCGAGGGAAAGCCAUCGACAAAGGAGAGGUGGAUGUGGGGACCCAGCAGAACCAAGCAAUCCCCCCUGGUCUGUUCUGGAGGUUUCACAUGACGGUCCACCACCCCACCUACAUCAAGUUCAACCUGUCACUAUCCCACAAUGCACUGCUGGGGGUCUACGGCCGCAGGAACAUUCCACCUACUCAUACGCAGUUCGACUUUGUGAAGCUCUUGGAUGGAAAGGCCCUGCCCAGGUCUCUGACUGACCCCGUGUCGGCCGCCAAAACCCCCAAAGGGCUGCUGCUGAGCGGGCUCCAGGAGACCGGCUUCAUCGAGUACAUGGACCCUGGGACCUGGCACCUGGCUCUGUACAACGACGGACGCAACCUAGAACAAGUUCUACUGCACAGCACGCCGAUAGACUCGAUGGACGGCUGCUCCACAGACUGUAAUGGGAAUGGAGAAUGCGUGGCUGGACACUGUCACUGCUUCGCUGGCUUCCUCGGUCCAGACUGUGCCAAAGAUUCGUGCCCAGUCCUGUGCAGCGGAAACGGCAUGUACGAGAAGGGGCGAUGCGUGUGCCUGCCUGGGUGGAAGGGGGCGGAGUGUAAUGUAGAGGAGGGGCAGUGCAUUGACCCCACCUGCUCCAACCACGGUUCGUGCAUCCAGGGCAUAUGCAUCUGCAGCCCUGCCUACAAAGGGGUCAACUGUGAGCAAGUGGACUGCAUAGACCCCCAGUGCAGCGGGCAUGGUGUGUGCGUGCGAGGGGAGUGUGUGUGUCAGGCGGGGUGGGCGGGUGUGAGCUGUGAGGACCCCCUGCCCGCCUGUCAGGAGCAGUGUUCAGGACACGGGACCUACCUGCCCGACAGUGACUCCUGCACCUGUCAGCCCAACUGGACCGGCCCCGACUGUUUCACUGAGCUGUGCCCCGUGCCAUGUGGCAGCCACGGCGUGUGCUCGGAGGGCCAGUGCCAGUGUGAGGAGGGCUGGGUGGGUGCCGCAUGUGACCAGCGAGCGUGCCACCCUCGUUGUGAGGAGCAUGGGCAGUGCCACGACGGGACAUGUGUGUGCCAGCCUGGAUGGGAAGGCGAGCACUGCAACAUCGUCACCCAUGACCUGGACGUGGUUGUAAAAGACGGCUGUCCCGGGCUGUGCAGUGGACACGGGCGCUGUACUCUGGAGCAGAGCGGCUGGCGCUGCGUGUGCCAGGCCGGUUGGAGCGGGCCGGGAUGCAGCGUUGUCAUGGAAACUGACUGCAGUGAUGGAACAGACAAUGACGGAGAUGGGCUGAUGGACUGCGUAGACCCAGACUGCUGUGAACAGUUGAGUUGUGGUUCGGACCCUCUGUGUCACGGCUCGUCGGACCCCCUGUCUCUCUUGCAGCAGAGCCCGCUCCCCCCCACCAGCCCCACCCACAGCUUCUACCGACGUAUACGUUUUCUCCUGGGCAAGAGCGCAACCCACACCCUGCCCGGAGAAGUGCCCUUUGAUACCAGUCGAGUGGCGGUAAUUCGCGGAAACGUGGCUCUCCAGGAUGGGUCUCCUUUGGUGGGGGUCAACAUAACCUUCCCACAACACCCUGAAUACGGCUACACAAUCAGCAGAAAGGACGGGAGUUUUGAUGUGGUGACAUUGGGAGCCAUGUCCGUGACCCUGAUGUUCCAGCGACCGCCCUUUCUGCCCCAAACUCGCACAAUAUGGACGCCCAAUAACAACUUCCUGGUGUUGGAUCAGGUGACCAUGUCCAGAGAGGAAGUGGAGAGUCCAAAAUGUGACGUCAUGAGUGUGUUGAGUCCGUAUCCACUAGUGCUGCCCUACCCUCUGCCAAGAUACACAGGAGCGUGUUCUGAUAAAGGGGCCGCUAUACCAGAACUUCAGGCACUCCAAGAGGAAAUUUCAAUCCCCGGUGCUUUUGUCAAACUCAGCUAUUUGAGCACUCGAGCAGCGGGCUACCAGUCACUGCUCAGGGUGCUGCUCACUCCUCCAUCUCCCUUGUCCCCCGUGUCUCCCUCGGGUGGGCUCUCUAAAGUCCAUGUCCGCGCCUCGGUGCAGGGGAGGCUUUAUCAGAGGUGGUACCCCGCUGGGCCUGGUCUGGUCCAUAGACUGGUCUGGAACAAGACAGACAUCUACGGACAGGAAGUGUGGGGGCUCACUCACGCUACAGUGGCAGUGGGUUAUGAGUUUGAGUCCUGUCCCGGGGCGAUCCAGUGGGAGAGGAGGACGGCUCUGAUGCAGGGAUUUGAACUGGUGCCUUCAAACCUGGGGGGAUGGUCUUUGGACAGGCACCACGCUCUCAACCUGCGCAGUGGAAUCCUCCACAAAGGAAAUGGGGAAAAUGUCUUCCUGUCCCAGCAGCCCCCUGUCAUCAGCACUGUCAUGGGGAACGGCUUCUACCGCAGCGUCCCGUGUGGGCCUAGCUGCAGCGGUGCUGCCCGCGACAUGAUGCUCUUCGCCCCUGUGGCACUCGCCAGCGGCCCUGACGGCUCGCUCUAUGUGGGGGACUUCAACUUCAUUAGGAGGGUCCACCCAGAUGGAUACACUCGCACCAUUCUAGAGCUCAAGAACCGGGACACCAGACACAGCACUAGCCCAGCCCAUAAGUACUACCUGGCCAUGGACCCAAUGGGAGAGGUGCUGUACGUGUCUGACACCAGCAGUCGCAGAGUCUAUCGCGUCAGGAACCUAGGGCAGCCCAAAGACCCGUCCCGAAACCUGGAGGUGGUGGCUGGGACGGGCGAGCAGUGUCUCCCCUUCGACCAGAGCCACUGUGGAGAGGGCAGGAAGGCAACGGAGGCAGCGCUCAACAAUCCACGAGGCAUUGCGGUAGACAAAAGGGGCGUGGUCUACUUCGUUGAUGGCACCACGAUACAGAAGAUAAAUGAGCGCGGCCUGUUGUCCACGGUGAUCGGGUCUAACGGUCUCAUGUCCACGCAGCCUCUGAGCUGUGACGCGCGCAUGGACAUCAGCCAGGUGCGGCUUGAAUGGCCGACAGAUCUCGCCAUUAACCCCCUGGACAAUUCUCUGUACAUUCUGGACAACAACAUCGUCCUGCAGGUGUCAGAGAGUCUUCAUGUGCGAAUCGUAGCGGGACGUCCCAUUCACUGUCAGGUCCCGGGGAUAGACCACCACCUCGUGAGCAGGGCGGCAGUCCGGGCUACACUGGAGGCAGCCAAAGCCAUCGCUAUGUCCCACCUGGGAACGCUGUACAUCGCGGAGACGGACGAGAGACGCAUCAACCGCAUCCAACAGGUGUCCACAAAUGGAGAGAUAUCGGUCAUCUCUGGAGCCCCCACUGACUGCGACUGCAAGAUAGAUCCCAACUGCGACUGUUUCUCCGGAGAUGGAGGCUAUGCCCGUGAUGCCCGCCUCAAAGCCCCCUCUUCUCUGGCCGUAGCCCCCAACGGGACCCUGUACAUCGCUGAUCUGGGGAACAUCCGGAUCCGCGCAGUCAGCCUGAACCAGCCCCAGCCCAGUGCAGCCGGCCUGGUAGAGAUCAGCUCCCCUCUGGACCAGGAGCUCUAUCUGUUCAGCCAGAACGGCUCUCACUUGUACACCAAACACUUGAUCACGGGGCACUUCCUGUAUAACUUCACGUAUGGCACAGACGGGCAGCUGUCAGUGGCAGUGUCCCGGGAUGGCCAGGGGCUCCAGGUGCGGCGCGAUGCCCAUGGAGUGCCCCUGUGGCUGGCUCUACCUGGGGGACAGGUGUACUGGCUCUCCCUCAGUAACAGUGGCACUCUGAGGAAGGUAUCCGCCCAAGGACACGACAUCGCCCACAUCUCCUACCAUGGCAACACCGGUCUCCUGGCAACCAAGAGUGACGAAAACAGCUGGACUACAGUUUAUGAAUACAACUCAGAGGGCCGUGUGACCAACAUCACCAUGCCGACGGGAGAGGUCAGCGGUUUCCACGGUAACCUCGAACGUUGGUCGAGGGUUGAGGUUGAGGCAUCAAAUCGUGAAAACUUUGUCACUAGCACCAACCUGUCGGCCAGUGACACCAUCUACACCUUCAGACAAGAGCAUGCCCAGAGCUCAUACCGCGUGAGCACAGACGGGUCCUUCCUGGUUUCUCUGGCCAAUGGGAUGGAGCUGACACUGAGCACAGAGCCCCUCCUACCCGGGUCAUCAGGGGGCGGAGUCAGUCCCAUUGCCAGUCGCUGUAACAUAAGCCUGCCUGGAGAUCACGCCCCCAGCCUGAUCGAGUGGAGGCAGAGGAAGGAGCAGAGCAAGUCAAACUACACCACCUACGAACGCAGGCUCAGGGCGCACAACAGGAAUCUGCUGUCCAUAGACUUCGACCAGAGCACCCGAGUUGGGAAAAUCUAUGAUGACCAUAGGAAGUUCACGCUCCAUAUUCAGUACGAUGUGUUGGGACGUCCUGUGGUGUGGUCGCCUAGCAGCAAGUACACAGAAGUAAAUAUCACAUACACAGGGGGAGGGCUGCUGUCCUCCAUCCACCGAGGGGAGUGGUCCGAGCGGCUGGACUACGAGAGCGACAGGGUGGUUUCCAGGGCCUGGGUCAACGGCAAGAUCUGGACCUACACCUAUGCAGACAGGUCCAUCAUGCUGCUGCUUCAUAGCCAGCGCAGAUACGUGUUUGAGUACGAUCAGACGGACCGGCUGGUGGCGGUAACCAUGCCCAGUAUGGUGAGACACAGCCUGCAGUCGCUCCUGUCUGUGGGGUACUACCGAAACAUCUACACCCCCCCAGACAGCCAGGCCUCCUUCCUACAGGACUACACGCUGGACGGGCGACUGCUCCGGAUGCAGUACCUGGGAACCGGCCGCAGUGUCAUCUACAGGUACACAGCGGCGGCACGGUUGUCAGAGGUGGUGUACGACUCCUCUUUGGCGACUUUCACUUAUGAUGAAGCUUCGGGGACGAUUAAGACAAUUCACCUGACUCAUAAUGGUUUCAUCAGCUCCAUACGCUACAGACAGACAGGUCCCUUGACGAGCCGUCAGAUUUUCCGCUUCAGUGAGGAGGGCUUGGUGAAUGCACGCUUUGACUACAGCUACAAUAACUUCCGAGUGACCAGUAUGCAGGCCGUGAUCAACGAGACCCCACUGCCCAUAGACCUGUACCGAUAUGUGGACGUGUCCGGGAGGGUUGAGCAGUUUGGGAAAUUCAGCGUCAUCUUCUAUGACCUCAACCAGGUCAUCACCACACACCUCAUGAAGCACACCAAAGUCUUUAACUCAUACGGCCAGGUGGUGGAGGUACAGUACGAGAUCCUUAAGUCCAUCGCUUAUUGGAUGACCAUUCAGUACGACUCGGCAGGACGCACCACCACCUGUGACAUCAGAGUGGGCGUGGACAGUAAUGUGACACGCUACACUUAUGAGUACGAUGCAGACAGCCAGCUCCAGAGCGCGUCUGUGAACGAACGCCCCCAGUGGAGAUACAGCUACGACCUCAACGGGAACAUCAACCUGCUCAGCCAUGGCACAAGCGCCAGACUGACCCCACUCCGUUACGACCAGCGCGACCGCAUCACUCACCUGGGCGAGCUUCAGUACAGCGUGGAUGAUGACGGUUUCCUACGGCAACGAGCCAACGACCUUUUCGACUACAACUCCAACGGACUCCUGACCCGAGUGUACAACCGGGUCAGUGAACGCACCGUCUGGUACCGCUACGACGGGCUUGGGCGGAGAGUGGCCACAAAGUCGAGCGAAGGCCAUCAGCUGCAGUUUUUCUACGCUGAUCUGUCCCAACCAACAAGAGUGACACAUUUGUACAAUCAUAGCAGUAACUUGAUCACUUCUCUGUAUUAUGACCUCCAAGGGCAUCUUAUCGCCAUGGAGCUGAGCAGUGGGGAGGAGUAUUACGUCGCAUGUGACAGCACUGGCAGUCCGAGAGCAGUGUUCUCAAGCAAGGGACGAUUAGUCAAAGAAAUUCUAUAUACGCCAUACGGAGAGGUCUACCAAGACACCAAUCCAGACUUCCAGCUCGUCAUUGGCUUCCACGGAGGGCUGUAUGAUCCCGCCACGCGAUUGGUGCUCCUGGGGAGGCGGGACUAUGACACCCUAGCAGGACGGUGGACAUCACCCAAUCACGAGCUGUGGGCAGAGCUUAGUAAGGAACCCAAGCCGUUUAACCUGUACGCCUUUAAGAACAACUGCCCCAUGGGGAGAGUGGAGGAGGUGACGCAGUUUACAACAGACAUUGGGAGUUGGCUGCAGCUCUUUGGAUUCCAGCUUCACAAUGUUGUCCCGGGCUUCCCCAGGCCUGAGGUGGCCAGUAUGGAGCAAACCUAUGAACUCAUGAAGACUCAGACCAAGACUCAGGACUGGGACACAACCAAGGUGGUGUUGGGGAUCCAGUGUGAGCUGCGUCGUCAGCUGAGGAGUUUCAUCUCUCUACAGCGCCUCCCUCUAGUCUCUCAGCCCGUGGGGUCCACCUGCCACAGAGCACUGCGCCCGCCCCCCUUCGCCUCCAGACCCUCCCUCCUCGGACCCUCCAUCCGCUUUGCAGUGUCCCACGGCCGGGUUAGUGCAGAGGUCAUCGGCGUGGCCAGCGAGGACAGCAGACGAGUGGCAGCCAUUUUGAACGGGGCCAUCCAUUUGAGCGGGUUGAGUUUUACAGUGCAGGGCUGUGACACUCAUCACUUCCUGCAGUCCCGCGCCAUUGAGGACGACUUGGCGCUUGGUUUGGGGGUGGGGGGCCGCGUCCUGGAGGGAGGGGUCAAUGUGAGCGUCUCCCAGAUGAGCGCCAACGUGAACGGCAGGACUCGACGCUUCGCUGACAUCACUCUCCAGCAGGGGGCGCUGUGCCUGUGCGUGCGUUACGGGGGCUCGGAGGAGGAGGAGUGGGCGCGGGUGCGUGAGGAGGCUCGGAGGAGGGCGGUUGACGGGGCCUGGGACAGAGAGAGGAGGCGAUUGGAGCAAGGAGACACAGGAAGUCGGGUUUGGAGCGACACAGAAAAACAACAACUCCUCUCUACGGGGCGCGUCCCUGGAUACGACGGUUACUAUUCCCUUCCCGUAGAGCAGCAACCCGAGCUAUCCGACUGCCCUGCCAACAUCCACUUCAUGACUCUAAGCGAGGUGGGGGGCAGGUAACAGAGACAAAGUGAAACCAAGCCCCCGCCCCACCAAAGACUGCCUGUUUAUACUCUACUCUGAUUUGUUCUACUGUUUCUAUACUGUAUCGAAAAAGACGGCGAGACGGAACAAGCAGCGAACAGAGAGAUCUAUAAGGAAAAAAUUAUUUCCAAAUGCCUUUAAUUGUGACAAAAUGAUGGUAUUUUAUUAUUAUCGUCUAGUUUCUCCGAUUUCUAAAAGUGGCACAAGCUGUGUGGUUUGGCUGUUGCUUUGCUUUUUUGUAUUUCCUGGCAUCCUAGACCCAAAAUUAAUUAUUGACUUGCUGACUUUUAUGUUUUUUCGCCGUUUCAACACUCUUUAUCAGCAAACUGUAGAGAUGAACUUUAAUGGGAUUCCCAGUUCGGAAAAUCCUAUAUCCAAGAGAUCUCCGGUUGCCAUUUGAGUUCCUACAUGGUUUACCUCCGGACGAUAUUCUGUCGUUUACAUAUUGUGUAAGAGAAGCGGCCUUGUCUGACUCUAUAUCACCCCCUUUAGACAAGAAACAACAAGAACAACCCACGCGGGGUCUUUGGGGUACUCCUAUGGUAGUUUGUAUGAGUGUAUUCAAAUCAAAUCAAGAAUGUACAUAGCCUGUGCUUUCUCACGAUGAAAAAAGUGCUCAAAACGGGGACUUCUGUUGUUCAUAAGUAAGUGUCAGUAUUGUUAAUCAAUAGAAAAACAAGUUACAUUUUUUGCAAAGAAUUAUACAUGGCUCUAUCGUAAAUAUUCUCGCUGAAAAUCUGACUUUAUUGGACUACAAUGCUGAUUAAAGUUAAUA